CACAAAUCCUAAUUCUAACCUCACACUCGUUCAUAUACUUGUUGAUCUCUCAUCAUCCUCAUGGGGUCGUACACAAACUUUUUUUUAUUACCUGUAAAUACCCAAAACAACUCUUCUACAUCUUCAUUCACCCAAAAAAAAAAACCUUUGUUUUUCCACCACUAACAGAUUCAUGUACAUAAACUAAGUCCAGUACAUAUUUUGUAUAAUCUUGGGACUUUCGUUUUCAAGCGGGUGUCCAUAAUAUCUAUAACACCUACAGCUACAAUACAUGAAUUCAGGGGGAUUUUGAAAACAGAAGCAGAAGUGUUUUGUUGUUGCAUAUGCUCUUAUCAGAAAACGCCACCUUCCAAUCCCUCCAUUGUCGAUCCGCUCGUUGUUCUACCAACAUACAGCAACUCAAAAACCUGCAUAUAAAACUCAAUAACAACAUCAUCACAAAUAUUGAAGCCUGCACACCUUGGCCGCCGUCGCGAGUUCAACCGUGGUUUGCUCUGUUUCAUACACCUCCGAUGAAGCACCACCAAACGGCGCCGGAUUUGCGACAAACUUCAUCUUCUCCGAUCCGCCAAACAACAUCAAUAAUUUUAUAACAACAACCUGCAUUUUAUAACAAUAUCUUUCCUAAAUUCUAACAGAUUCAUUUUGAUUUUCUGCAGAAAAAUUACACACAAGGAACCGCCGUGUUCAUCGUUCGGCCUCACCAUGGAUCCUUCUCCGACCAGCUCCGAUACAGCGCACAACGCCGCCGCAAAAAGUGAACCGUCGCAACAAUCGCGAGCGACACUGUCUGUUCCCAGCCGCCGAUCCCUCCUGUCGGCGAAACAAAUCGUGACCAGUCACGAUGAACUCCACGAAAACGCUCCGGCCCCAUACGCGACUCCGACACACCGACCUCCGCUGUAGAUCUGGAACUCCGAUCAUCCCUGUUGCUUUCCGAUUCAUUCUGGGCAUGAUACGACGUUACCAACAGGGGAGUUUUCUUUCGAUUUUGUUUUCAUUUGAUCCAUUAUUUGGUUGCUGUUUUUUAUAUAGAAAUUAAAAGGUAAAAUAUUGAGAGAAAGAAAAAGGAGUGUGGAAGUUGUUUCAGGUACUGUGUUUGAUCUAUUGAAAAUUGGAGAGAGAAGACAGAUCUAACAGGUGGAGCGGUAUCCCUUGUGUGUGUUUCGAUUAAUUUUUUAGUUAUUAUUAGUGUUAAUUAAGGUUGUAAUUAGGUCUCCCAUUGGAGUUUUAACUAUAGUCUUUUACUCACCCUACGUCUUGUUUCAAUCAGUACUCCUAUUCAAUAAAAUAAAAUAUAAAAAAAUCUAUAAUCUAUGUUAGUUUUAUUUGUUUAUCUUAAACACAAAAAAUAUAAUAAAUAUUAACUAAUGAUUAAUUUCUCUUUAAAAUGUAAGGUUUAGAUACUUGUUAUUAAUUUAUUUUGUUGAUUAAUAUUUGCUUCCUACCACAUUCUCUUGUAUUGCGAGGUACGUUCGAGUUGUUCAUCUAUUCAUCCUCAACCUCCUCCACUAAUCUCGCUAAUUCCAAAUCUAAGGAUUCAGAGAAUGCAGCACACCAUAGACCUUCAAAAGUCAUCACACUCAAUUACACCCCCAGGUUUUAGGUUUUGUAAUUAAAUAUUGAAUUUCUUCAUCGCGAUUCUCUUCUCUUCUUUGUGCAAUUUUCAGGGUUUACCUCCGAGGCAAUCUCCGACCGCUAACCAUACCCGAUCAAACCAAAAGCUAAGUCCCGAUUGAACCCUUAUUCUAUUUGUUUAUCUUCCCUAUUUUUUAUAUAUACAAUUAGGGUUUGUUAUUAAAAUGAAUUGCCCAUACACUCACGCCUUAUUUGUUUCUUUGCUCAUUCCUAAUGGUCAGAGUCGAUGCUUCUGGCAAACCCUUGCCCUCAACCCUGUCAGGCAAAUGCCAAGCUAAGUACCUUCUCCCUAUUCUAUUUUUAAUUUAUUAUCCUAUUUUCUUUUGUAGUUAAUGAGGUUUGCCCUCGAAUUUGAUAAUGCACUCACUAUAUGUUUUCUGCCAUCUUUUCCUUUUCAGGGUUUGUCAGAUGCCAAAGCUACGUGUAUUGCAUCAUGAAUCUCGAACAAUCAGUUAAGGAUCUUCAAGCUCAAAACACCGAGUUCCAAGCCUUGAUUCUGAAUUUGUCCAAAGGGCAAGAAGAGCUGAAAGCCAUGUUGACUAAAAAGAAGAAGAAAAAGGGUAAGAAGACUCGAGUAAAAAAGCUUAGACCAAUCUUGCAACUCAGGGAUGCUGAAACCUCUGAAGACAGUGAUGAGGAUGAGCAAGAUGAUAAUGCUAGUAUCAAAACCGAUGCAAAAAGUAACCACGAUUCUGCCAAACUCUCUGAAGAAGAAGAGGACUAUUACCAUGAGGGCGAACAUCCCGAUGACAAAUACAAGAUGUUAGAAGAGCGUCUGAGAAGUGUGGAAAUUCAGAAGGUACCUGGGCUGGAUUUUGAAGAGCUUGGACUUGUGCCUGGGGUCGUUAUUCCUCCAAAAUUCAAAACUCCCGCCUUUGCUAAGUAUGAUGGAGUCUCUUGUCCUAAACUACACUUGAGGUCUUAUGUAAGGAAGAUUCUAAUUGGUUUCCUCACUCAAUUUACUCCCACAAGUUGCUCAAAGUCAAGUUCUAAUUGGUGA